CAGAAGAAAGUAGCAAAAAAAAAAAUUAUACAAGAAGCCGCGAAGACAGGAGUCCAUAUAAUUUUAUUUAUGGUUUAUUUUUCUGCACCGGUUUGAUUCUUCCUUCUUCUCAGCCUUGUUUGUAUUGUGUUGUGUCUCCAGUUCAUUAUGAUUAUUGGAUGAAAUUCGUAGUCUUUACUCUUCUCUUCAAUUUUCAAUUUUCCAUUUUCCAAUUUCCAAGCCCAGCUUAUUAUUUGGGAUCAUAUCAUACCCAAUUGGGUUAUACCCUUCAAUAUAACGCUAGUCUGCAUGUUCCAUGGUUUUGGUCGUUUCUUUGUAAGUUGGUUUCAUGAAAAUCAAAUCUUAAACCUCAUGUCAAAAGCUGCAAAACUGCCACAGCCUCAUGCUCAAAUGGCAGCAUGAGAUCUUUCAGGCGACGCGAGAUCGGAGAAGGAGAAGAAGAUCUUCGAGUCGGACGAUCCUAAGUUUCGAAAGGCGAUUUCGACUACCAUGGUAACAACCGUCUAAACUUUCAUGAAGUAUUCAUCUCCUUAUUAUUGAAAGUCUUCUCCUCGAUUUUCCAUUUGCAAGCCCGCCUUAUUAUUUGGUAUCGUAUCAUACCCAAUUGGAUUGUACCCCUCGAUAUAAUGCUAGUCUGCAAAUAACUGUUGCAUGGUUCUGCUCGUCUCUUUGUGAGAUGGUUUCAUAAAAAUGAAAACCAGAAGCGUCGUAUCAAACCACCCAAUUCUCCUAAAGUUGCAAAAAUGCCACAACCUCAACACCCUUAAGCAAGCCCAUGCUCAAGUGGUAGCAACUGGCCUUUCACUCCAGACAUACUAUCUGAGCCACCUCCUUAACAUAUCCUCCAAAUUUUCCUCAACCUAUGCAAUUACCAUCUUUAACCGUAUCCCACGCCCAACAGUUUUCCUAUACAAUACACUCAUUUCUUCAUUCUCUCGUCACAAGGACCAAAUUCAUCUAGCCUUCUCACUUUAUAACCAGAUUCUCGUCCACAAGACCCUUCAACCCAAUAGCUUCACUUUUCCCUCCCUCUUCAAGGCUUGUGGCUUUGGUUCAUGGCUCCAAUAUGGUCCUUCCCUUCAUGCCCAUGUUUUAAAAUUCCUUCAACCCCCUUAUGACCACUUUGUGAACAAUUCACUGCUCAAAUUCUAUGCCGAAUAUGGAAAAUUGUGUGUGUCUAAAUAUUUGUUCAAUCAAAUCAAUGAACCUGACCUGGCCAUAUGGAAUACCAUGUUGGCUGCCUACGCAAAAAGUGCAAGUCAUGUUAGUGACUCAACAAGUUUACAAGACGCUGAUAUGUCAUUAGAGGCAUUGUAUUUGUUCAGAGACAUGCAGUUGUCUCAGAGAAAGCCUAAUGAAGUUACACUUAUUGCAUUAAUCACUGCAUGUUCUAAUUUAGGUGCACUGAGUCAGGGUGCUUGGGCACAUGGUUAUGUGCUAAGGAACAAUCUUGAACUGAAUCUAGUCGUGGGAACUACGCUGGUGGAUAUGUAUUCUAAAUGUGGAAGUCUGAAUCUAGCAUGCCAGUUGUUUGAUCAGCUGACUGAAAGGGACACGUUUUGCUACACUGCCAUGAUUGGGGGGUUUGCAAUUCAUGGUCAUGGGGGUCAGGCACUUGAACUGUAUAGAAAGAUGAAACUUGAGGGCCUAGUUCCUAGUGAUGCAACUAUUGUAGUUACUAUGUAUGCCUGCUCUCAUGGUGGAUUAGUAGAAGAGGGCCUCGAAAUUUUCGAGUCCAUGAAGAGUGUUCACGGAAUGGAGCCAAAUCUUAAGCAUUACGGAUGCUUAAUCGAUCUUCUUGGUCGAGCUGGGAGAUUAAAGGAGGCAAAGGAGAGGUUACAGGCUAUGCCUAUGAAACCAAAUGCAAUUUUGUGGAGGUCUUUACUUGGUGCAGCAAAACUUCAUGGCAACAUAGAGAUUGGGGAAACUGCUCUCAAACACUUAAUAGAGCUAGAACCACAAACAAGUGGAAGCUAUGUUCUUCUGUCAAAUAUGUAUGCUAGCAUUGGUCAGUGGAAUGAUAUGAAGAGAAUGAGGAUGAAGAUGAAGGAUCGUGGGGUUGACAAGUUGCCUGGGUUUAGUUUAGUGGAUAUUAAUGGUGCCAUGCAUGAAUUUCUCACAGGUGACAAAGCUCACCCUUUUUCGAACGAAAUAUAUAUGAAGAUUGGGGACAUAAAUAGAAGAUUACAAGAAUAUGGUCACAAACCAAGAACAUCAGAAGUUUUGUUUGAUGUAGAAGAAGAAGAUAAGGAAGAUGUCCUUUCUUACCACAGUGAAAGGCUGGCUAUAGCGUUUGCACUAAUAGCAUCGCCUUCAAGUUUACCUAUAAGAAUUAUAAAAAACCUAAGAGUUUGUGGGGAUUGCCAUGCUAUUACCAAGCUAAUAUCACUGGCAUAUAAAAGAGAUAUUAUUGUUAGAGAUCGAAAUCGGUUUCACCAUUUUAAGGACGGGAGUUGUUCUUGUCUAGACUACUGGUGAUACCUUGCUCAACUUACAGCAAAGUUUAUACCUGAAAGAAACGUGCAAUUUUGUUUAGCAGACGACAUGACAGCAACUUCCAUUAGCUCAUAUUAGUCUAAUUUGUUUGAAAAUUAAUUUUGAGUUCUUUAUUUCUUUAAUCUUUCAUUAGCUGAAGCUUAAAUUGAAUAAGAUGUAGGAAAGCAUGUUAGGUUUCUGUGUAAGAAACCUAAUUAUCCACGAUCACAGUAGGCAGAAAAGAUAAUGAAAGAAUGAAUUUCUCUUAUUAAUGGUAAUAGAAUUUUCUGAAUAAACAAAAAUAAACAAGGAUAGUUGGGUGGGAGCAUAACCUCCCUCGCCGCCUGUCAAUAAACUCAAUAAUCAAAAACCUAACCCUAACAAUAGAAUCUAGCUCUAUUUAUAAUAAAUAUUUCCUACCCAUCUUAUACUGAAUAUUUCCCUAGAAUAUAGUUCUAUUUAUACUAAAUGUUUCCUGACAGUUAGGAUAGUAACUCUUCAACCGAUCGGUUACAGUUCUUCACCACCUUCCACAGUUUGGCUUGUUUCCCCCUGCCUUCUACCGUUCAGCUCCCCUGCUUCCUACCGUUUGGCUGAUUUAUCAAAUCUAAAGGAUGCUUUGGGGUCAGUAGUUGAUGUGAUGAAGGCAAUGGCUUUGUCAAUAUACUCUCCUUCAAAGCAGGUGGACGAAACUAACUGCUUGGUGGCGGAAAUCCUAAAUGUGACCUGAAAAGAAAGGUUUCUGCUUGAACAUUGCAAGGAGUUUUUGUCCUCGUUAGCAACCAUGCAGGCAAAUCAUGUUUGCUUGAAGCUAUCUAAUUCUGAUAAGUUGUAUCAAUGCUUAUUGCUAUUUUGAAUCUAAUAAAUCUGGCAGGUCAAGGAUUGUAGCUUAAGAACACAUACAUUACAACUUUCUCGUGCGCCAACUUCCAGCUGCCUGACAUGUGUGUAGAACUGAUCUUAUUUGACUGCUCUCUCUUUAUUUUCCACCGGGUGGACAUAUAACACAGAAGGUAAUAAGAAUGGAAUGGAGUUAAUUGCUAGCUUUUGGUGUUCAUUUGACAUUUUUGAAAUCUUUUGUGGUCUUGUAUGUCGUGUGUAGUAUAGUUUAUCUGUGUCUGAAUAUUACAAUUUACAAAGGAAAAGAGGUGACUUUCGCUGACUAGUUAAGCUAGCUGUAUACAUCUAUAUGUAAUAAAAUAAUCAUUGUUCAUUAGGUAGUUUGCUUCUUAGAUCUUGGUAUGAAUCCCUAGUAUAUAUCUUCUGGAACUGUCAAAUUUCUAACUGGUGGGAGAACAUAUGUUUGAAGUUGUCUAUGAUCCUCGUUGUUGUAAACAAGUGAAAUGCAAUCAUGACAGCAUAGCAAAGAUGCAACUGAGAACAAUCCGUUUAAGAAAGCUACCAUGAUCAAAUUU